GGGUCUGAGAAAGCUCCGUGCAAAAUGGCUGCCACGCGAGCUCACUUGUAACAAAAACACCGACGAGUUGAUGAUUCGAAGCAGUGUUUCGAGAUGUUAAAGCGGAAACAUGGCUCAAUCCCUACAAUCCAAAGUUCAAUUGACAGUCAUUGGAAUCAUCAAACGUGGAAAAGAGCAACAGUCAGUUGGUAAGGAAAGGCUAUCAAAAGCGACUAUUUUCAUAGCGUCAUAGUGGACUGUUUGAAGGACAAAAACGCCGCAUUUGAAGAAAAAGAAGGCGCUGUUUCACCAAGACAAGGCACCGUGUUACAAGUUAGUGAAAGCGAAGGCCAAAAUCCACGAAUUAUGCUCAAGAUCUGGCCCACAGCGACUAUUUCAUAUUUUCAGAUCUCAAAAGAAGAAUGCUCUCUGGAAAGAAAUUUUCAUCGAAUGAAAAUGUUAUCGCCGAAAUCCAUUCGAACAGGUGCCGGUGUACUCAAAUGUAUAUUCGUAAUCUGAGUAUCCUGAUUUAUAGCCGCAUAAUCUAUAUAAAUUUAUCUAUUUUGCACCAGGUGUGAGCAUGAAUGUAUAUAUGUAUAUACAUAUACAUUGUAUAAGGGGAGUUUCUGGAUGAUGACUAAUGACGUAUGCUAUAUCUAUUCGAACCCUUAUCUGCAACAACAGCGAAAAUGCGAAUUGGCGUGGCCUCAAGUGCUUAAAGCCAAAUAGAUAUCCGCAAAACUUUAUUAUUAUCGACAAAAAUUUUUAGUAUAAAUAGAAAGCUAAGUAGAGAAACAACGCGCAAACGUGAGUUGAGAAUAUCUAUUGAAACUACGCUGAAUAGACUCGUAGUUGUGUGAUACUCAAAAUAAUACAUCCCCGUAGUGCAAAGGAACACUGAAUAUGAGAAGAAUUAACGGACUUUUGCUGGGUGCGCUGGUGCUACUUGCAACGACUGUGAGCUACAGCGCAACCGCUCCCGCUUAUGAUGCCUCCACGAAAUUUGAUACUGCAAUUGAAAACACUGUAUUUGAAUUCUACGUAAAUCUGUACAAAUACUUAUUUGAUGCCUUGGAUAAGACUAGCGAUCUAUUGGAGAGUGUUUUAAAGGAUGACACUAUUAUGCCGAAUAACAACAUAAACCAAACUAAAGAACUAUUACAAAACUAUAUUGCUGAAACUAAGGAGCGCCGUAAGCCACCACCAAAAAAUGUUACUAAUUUGGAUGGUUUCCUGUGCAUCGUCGCCAACAUACACACAAUAAAUUUGUUCGGAGACAUUGUGAAGCGUUACAAUACCACCUCGCUGCCGACACCCUCCGAUGAGGUUAGACUAAUUGAGGCGGCAUUGAAACGCCAUGGCUUGGACGAGUUGAUAAAUCAUUUGAAAAUCCGUAAAACGGAAUUUAUUAAUGAAUUUUUGCGCAAAAUGGAUAUUGCUGUCACGAAUCUGUCGGAGGUGGAUAAAAUUAAGUGCCACAAGCUGGUGGAAUGGUAUCAGAAUUAUCGAAACUCCACUGAAGAACAAAGAGCGAAUGAUGUCUUUACGCAUUUUGCACAUUUGCUUGCACGAUUUUGAAAGUUGAUAAUUGUUUUUAACCAAAGCUGAUGGUAUAAUAUGAGGUAGAAAAGAAUUUCUGCUACAAAAAAUAAUUGCGAUUGCCAACCAUCAAAGCGGUUAUAAUCAAUAAAUGAAUCAUAUUUGCAGAUAAGAAUGCUCGUUAUCGUUAUGGGCUUAUCGGCGCCAGUCUAAAUGCACAGCUGUUUAAGUUUAUCACGUACCAGAUGUACAAAAGGUGUGAAUGUACUUGUAGAAAUAACACCUUAUCAUGUAAUCGAAAUAUAUUAAGAAAUACAUAAUUAUUUAUUGUCUGACAUAUGUA